GACAAUCUCUGCCGACUGAGCAAAAAGAAGGAAAAAAACUUCGACAUGACCAUAUUGGAAUUAAGUGUAUUUUUGGCUUCCAUUUAGUAAUUAACGAAAACUUUCGGGCAAAACAACACAUCAAUGAUGCAUCCCUAUAAAAACUUCAAAAUUUCAACUCUCUGAGUCGGAGAAACCAGAAAAAUCCCGAAUGGUUGUUCCCUUCGCUUACGGUGUUGUACGUCCAGUUUCCGCUCCAUGGAUCCGGUUAAGCCGCUCCACAAACCCGUUUCUCCCCUGUAGAAAAGGUUCAUUUUCCGUUUCGAGAAAUGGGCCCUCUCGUUGGAAGAGUACCCUCCACGCUUCCCUUCAGCCAAGUUCUGUAAGUGUUUCAAAUGGAGCCAUUGACCAAUCGGAAAUCAUUUUCAUAGGAACCGGGACUAGUGAAGGGAUUCCGCGUGUUAGCUGCCUUACUAACCCUAAUAAGACAUGUCCAGUUUGCACCAAGGCUACAGAACCGGGUAACAAAAACAGGAGACUUAACACAAGCAUCCUUGUUCGCUUCCCAAGACCAUCUGGAAGGUGUAACAUUCUUAUUGAUGCGGGCAAGUUUUUCUAUCAUAGUGCUCUGAAAUGGUUCCCUGCUUACGGGAUAAGAACAAUUGAUGCGGUUAUUAUUACUCACUCUCAUGCUGAUGCAAUUGGAGGUUUGGAUGAUCUACGUGAUUGGACAAACAAUGUUCAGCCUUCUGUCCCAAUUUAUACAGCACAGCGUGAUUUUGAGGUCAUGAAGAAAACUCAUUAUUAUUUGGUAGAUACAAGCGGAGUUACGCCUGGUGCUGCAGUUUCAGCAUUGCAGUUUAACAUAAUUCAAGAAGAACCAUUUGUAGUGCAUGAUCUUCAGUUUACUCCAUUACCAGUGUGGCAUGGACGUGGUUAUCGCUCUCUGGGUUUUCGUUUUGGCAAUAUUUGUUACAUUAGUGAUGUUAGUGAAAUACCUGAAGAUACAUAUCCUCUUCUCGAGAACUGCGAAAUCCUUAUAAUGGAUGCCCUGAGACCAGAUCGAUCUUCAUCAACUCACUUUGGACUUCCAAAGGCUUUGGAGGAAGUUCGAAAAAUCCGACCAAAAAGAACAUUGUUCACCGGUAUGAUGCAUUUGAUGGAUCAUGACAAAGUAAAUGACGAGCUCGUAAAGUUGAAGGAAACAGAAGGCCUUGACGUACAACUUAGCUACGAUGGGCUUCGUGUGCCAGUAACUCUACUUUCCUUACACUCUCUUAAGCAUUAAAAUUUGCUCCUUUACUACAGUUUUUUGCAAUUUGGGUGUGAAACUUUCAUAUUCUUUAGAGCCUCAAAUUUUCAGAAAAUGGGGUAUUUUUGUUUGAAGUUAUAAUAAAGAUUAAUAUCAUGUACAAAUUUCUGAUUUCUUGAUUUAUUUUUAUGGUUAAGGGGGAUUGUGAAGACUCAUCAUAGGAAAAUAGAGAAUAUUUUGUGAUACUUAUUACUAUUCCUUUAUUGUUGUUGUUAUUAUUAUUAUUAUUACUUUUUUUUUUUACUUGGUUGCUAAUAUUUUUAAAGAAUUA